AUGGUUGGUAAGCAAUAUGUGUCCAUCAGUGGAGGUGCGGUGCCCAAGAGGCGCAUGAUGGGAGUGGAGAGAUAGGGGAUGGGGCGGUGUGGUGUCCAUGUCCAUGAACCAGGGUGAGGUGAUACUGGGAGUGAGGGGUAGUGAGCGAGGGCAGAGGGAGCUGGCUGAAUAGUGGAUGUCAGAGGCGGUUCAGGGGGUGCAGAGGUGACAAAAGUAUUGGCUGGCCCCGUCCAAGAGUUGCCAAAGCAGUCGGCCACCCCAAAGUCGGCCACCCCAAAGUGGUAUUUGGAAUUUGGAAGAAGUGAAGUUUAGAAGUUCAAUCAGCUCUACAUGGUGUUUAUAGGCUAUACAUGUAGCAUGAUGCUUUGUGUUCUGUGUAGACUACAGCAUUGUGGUGAAAUGUUGUGUCAGUAAUGCACUUGUGGUGUGUUAAAGAGCAGUGCCUUUAUGUCUCUCAUCGUCUCAUGCACUGAUGUGCAUGGUUAGCCCCAGACUGGUGAAGCGAGAAAAAAACAAUCAAAGUUGGAUUAACUGAUAUCUUCAGCAUUUGACAUCCUAACGAUGUUAAACUUUGGACUGAACACACCCAUACCAUUAGGAUGAUGCCCCUCAAAUUUGAGAUCAAUCAGCUGAGUGGUUUGAGAGUGAGUCAUGGAACUGACAAAAAGGAGACACAGGCAGCUGUUCCUUUCAUUAUCAGAUAGAAGGGUGUGCUUGAACCAAGCUCUAUAACCAAGCUCUAUAGUGUCUAUUAACAGCCAUUGAUUUUCUGUGUUUUUACACCGAUAUAGUGUAUAACCACAUCUUACAUGUUGGAUUCAUUGGGUCUAUAUCCAUGCGUUACGAUGAUAUAAAGGACUUGCAAUAGUCUGCUGCCAUUUUAUGAAGCUGAUGUGAAUUUGAGAAGAUUUCUAUGUUAGACAAACACUUCUUAUUGCAGAGAGGACCAGACCACUUCGAGAACCCAAAGAGGCAAAGGAUACUUUCUUCAAUGAGGGGCCCCUCACGUGUGCUCUGCUUCACAAAGCCGGUUCACUGACCAACAGACGCAGACAACGUCACACAAGCCAUGGCCUCUGACAUCACUUAUCACGAUGGUCCGGCCUUCUCCAGGAUACAGGACAACAGCCCCGCGGAUGAGGAGCAGCCUGCCAGGCAGCCGCCAGGCCCCACCAGGUCCCAGAGCGAAUAUGAGCGCAUCGGAGGGAGAGCCGGAUCCUCGUUUAUACAGACGUUGAUCCAUUUACUGAAGGGCAACAUUGGGACCGGGCUGCUGGGCCUCCCCCUGGCAGUGAAGAACGCUGGCCUUGUGAUGGGCCCUCUGAGUCUUCUGGUAUUGGGGAUCGUGGCGAUACAUUGCAUGCGCCUACUUGUGAAAUGCUCCCAUCAUCUAAGUGGCAAACUGGGUAAACCUUUCCUGAACUACGGCGAAGCAGUGGAGUAUGGCAUGGACAACGUGUCUUUCCUGAGCAGACACUCCAAGUUCGGAAGGCAUAUGGUGAAUCUCUUCUUGAUCAUUACUCAGUUGGGCUUCUGCUGCGUCUACUUUGUGUUCCUCAGUGAUAACAUCAGACAGGUGGUGGAGGCAGCGAAUGGGACGUCAUGGGACUGCCACAGCAACGACACGACGGUCAUGGUGCCGACCUUCGACUCCAAGAUCUACAUGCUCAUCUUCCUGCCCUUCGUCAUCCUCCUGGUGUUCACGCGCAGCCUCAGGGUCCUAGCGCCCUUCUCCUCGAUAGCCAACCUGGCCAUGGCCGGCAGCCUGGUGCUCAUCUAUUACUACUCCAUAACGAAUAUUUCACUCCCCAUCAACCUGCCAGCAGUGGGGCAGCCAAGGGACUACCCUCUGUUCUUCGGGACUGCCAUCUUCGCUUUUGAAGGCAUCGGAGUGGUUCUACCACUGGAGAACAAGAUGCAGCACCCUGAGAAGUUCAACAAGGUCCUCUACAUGGGCAUGGGCGUGGUCACCUUCCUCUACAUCAGCCUGGGGACCAUUGGCUACAUGUGCUUCGGCCAGGACAUCAGAGGCAGCAUCACCUUAAAUCUGCCAAACUGCUGGUGGUAUCAGAUUGUGAAGCUGCUGUACAGCUUUGGUAUCUUCAUCACCUAUGCGCUUCAGUUCUACGUGCCGGCAGAGAUCUUGGUCCCGCUGGCCGUGUCGCGGGUGUCCGAGCGCUUCAGGCUGGCAGUAGAUCUCCUUAUCCGCGUGGCCCUGGUCCUCUUCACAUGUGCGCUGGCCAUCCUGAUCCCGGAGCUGGACCUGGUCAUCUCCCUGGUGGGCUCCAUCAGCAGCAGUGCCCUGGCCCUCAUCCUCCCUCCCAUGCUCCAGAUCAUGACCUUCCACAACGAGGGCAUGCCCUGCUGGGUGGUGCUGAAGAACGUCUUCAUCAGCCUGCUGGGCUUCGUGGGCUUCGUGGCCGGCACCUACAUCUCCAUCGUGGAGAUCAUCAAUCGCAACAAGGAACGGGCGGCUGGCCUCCACCUCCAGGUCAUGUGAAGAUGAUGAUGAUGAUGAUGAACAUGGUAAAGGUGACUGUGAUGGUGGAGGUGGUGUUGAAGAAGGAGAAGUUUAGUGUUUCUGAUUGAUUUUAGGCGUGGAGAUGGACAAUUGGAGAGUUCUGAUGAUUUUAAGCUAAAAUUGAUUUAAAAACAGUGCCGUAUCAUCAUGACUUGAUUUUGAUUAAUGGUGAAUCAACCCACUGCUGUUUUAAUGUUUUUUUGUUUCAUAUUACGGUCCACGUCGGUUAUUGAUAUCAUUGUAUCAGUGAUGCAUUGUUACUGUCUCAGCGCAUUUUAUUUUUGAAAAGAUUAUCAUUUCAGUCUACUACGCAGUGAUUCUUGAAGAAAAUGUUUUUAUUUUUAAUGCCUUGAUUUUUGUUUUA